AUGGAAAAGGCAAAGCAAGUUGUUGGUUCAUCUUCUUCUUCUUCAUUCACCAAUGAGUUAUUUGGUCCUAAAGAUUCUCAAACUCAACUGACUUUGCUUCUGUUUUUGGGACUUAGAAGGGAUCCCAUUCACUCAGGGGAUAGAAAUUCAUCAAGAAUCCAAGAUCCAGGGAACCAGUAUGGCAAUAAUACAAAAUAUGGAACUUCAGAUAAUGGAUCUAAAACAAGUCAAAAUGAAAAAGUAGAAGCUCCAUGUAAUUUAAGGUCAUCCAUUUACUAUGGUGGCCAAGAUGUUUAUCCUCAAACUAACCAGACCACUGGUUCCCAUAAUAAUACUGUAAAGAAAGAUGGAGAUGGUUCAAACUCUGCUUCAAGAGGAAAUUGGUGGCAGGGAUCACUAUACUACUGA